AUGGCCAUGGUAGAAUUAGACAAGUAUGUAACUAUGAUUGAUGCCAUUAUAAGUGUAUCGGAUCCAUAUCAAGUUAGUCCCAAAAAAAUAAGAAAGGCUAUUCAAGAAUUGUUUGCAGUUGAUUUAACUCCAAAUAGAAAAGAAAUGAAUGAUUUGAUUUUGGAAAGGUUUAAUGCCUUGCAAGAGAAUCCAAUGGUAUUUGUUAGUAAAGAAUUAAUGGAAGAUAAGGAUGAAGAAAUAGCAUUACGAAUUAGUGAAAAUGAUAAAAAAAUAAAAAGAGAUAGUGAUAAUGAAAGCUCGAAAAGACAAGCUCGUAAAGCUACCACAAGAAAGAAACGUAAAACAACAUCAGCUAGAACUCCAUCAUCAAAUGGUAUUAAUGCCAAGAACGUUAUUUUAAGUGAUUCUAUGCAAGAGUUUUUGGGUGAAGAAGCUCUUCCGAGAACACAAGUUGUUAAGAGAGUUUGGGAUUAUAUUAAGGAACAUGAUCUACAAAACCCUAAGGAUCGUAGACAAAUUAUUUGUGAUGAAAAGAUGAAACCAAUAUUUGGUAAAUCUUUAGAUAUGUUUCAAUUGACAAAAGUAAUAUCGAAGAAUUUACUUAAUCCUGAUGAACUUGUAAAUGGGGAUACAUUAAUAAAAAAAGGUGGUAAAUCCUCUAAGGAAAUACCAAAAAGUGAAGAGAGUUCCGAGGAGUAA